CCACGACCCAUUCUGGGGUUGAAUGGCUGGGUAAAGACAACUCAUCUUUCUUUUUCAUAUCCACAUCGGUGUGUUGUGAUGGCAAAUAGCACUGAGACAUGUCUCCCGGCCACGCUAAGACGACUGAUUGGUCGCAAAGUGGGACCUUCAUUUCGUUCAGUGGCAGAGAUUGAGGAGGUACCCCUGGAACAACCAGGCCAUGAUCAGGUGCUCCUGAGAAUCGCCUAUGCGGGUGUAAAUGGCGGAUGCGAAACCUUUCGGUGUCGAGGAAGCAGCUAUACGCCGUUUGCAGCAAAUCAGAAGGCGGAGAAGUUUGUGCUUGGAGCUGAAGCAUCAGGCACUGUUGUUGCUGUCGGCGAAGGUGUUGAGACAUUGAAGGUGGGAGAUGCUGUGACAUGCAGUGGGUCAGGAGGGUUCGCGGAGUACAUCACGACCAGUCAGCGGUCCUGCUUCCCAGUCAAGGAAGCAUCAGCGGAAGCUGUCGUGCUGACACUCUCCGGCCUCACAGCUGCAGUGGCCCUCAAGGCGACCGGAGGGCCGUUGAAGGCGGGUGAGCGAGCGCUGGUGACGGCUGCUGGGGGCGCCACUGGCCACAUGGGUGUCCAGCUGGCGCUGCUGGCCGGCUGUCAUGUUGUCGCCGUAUGCGGCAGCGAGGCCAAAGCCAAGCGGCUGCGCGAUCUGGGCGUGCACCGCGUCAUAAAUUACCGAGAAGAGGAUGUUGGUGAGGUGUUGAGGAGUGAGUAUCCGGAGGGCAUAGAUGUGGCGUAUGAGGGGGUGGGCGGGCCGCUGAGGGACGCGGUGCUCGACAAUCUGAGCAAGCGCGGCCGCAUGCUGGUCGUGGGCUACAUCUCUGAGUACCCCCAUGUGAAGCCGGAUGACGGCGAGGCUGAGGGCCGGAGAGGGCUGCCGCCAGCUCAGGAAUUGUUCUGGCAGGGCAAGACUGUGCACAUCGGUGACCAGACCGUCUACGGCAAUGUGUGGUCCGGGGCCAAAAGGCAGGACAUUCCAGCAUUCAGGAGGGAACUGUUUGAUCUGCAUGAGGAGGGCAGAUUGCAGGCCUGGGUGGACAGCAGGCGCUUUCAUGGGGUUGAGCAGGUGUCUGACGCCAUCGAGUACAUGCUCACCGGGCAGGCUGUUGGAAAGGUUAUUGUAUCUUUCUAA